AAUGCCGCACCAUUUAACUUCCUUCGUAGCCGCUUUAACUGGGUCUAUCAGCUCAGGAACAUGUUGCGGUUGCAUCCCCUUCAGUUUCUCCCCAGCCGUCACCCCGGCAGUUGCAUCCUCAACGGCCCCCCUGUCAGCCGCCGUUCCGAACACAGCCAUACCCGCAGCUGUUGCCUCGCAAAGUGCUGUGUCAUCCACCCCCGUGUUAACAAGUGCCAUGGCAUUCUUCGCCCCAUUAUUAGCCUUUUACAAAAAAUACAACAUCUUUGAAGAAACAAAAGAGUGCACAAAGGAGAAGGUGGACAAAAUGUGCCAAUGCAAUUUAGUCACCGGAGAGGAGUUAUAUUAUCAUAGUCAACACUUACCAAAUGAAGAAGCCUAUCUUCAUGGAAAAAAUAAUUACAAAACAGUCGUGGAUGACCCUGAAAGUAACACUAGUGAUGAAGAAACGACGAACAAGCGGAAUUUAAAUAGUGAGGAAAUGAUUAAAGAAGAACUCGAGUCACUAAGUCAGGACAAGUCCCUUCCAAGCAGCGCAUGCUCUAUACACUCCUUUCUAGAAGACGCAGAAGAAGAGUUGUUUAAAAAUUCAAGUACGUACUA